AUGCUACGACUUUCCGGACAGAGAUUAACGUUAUUGCUGUGGAUUUUCAGCAGCAUCGGCAGCUCGAAUGCAGCUCCACCACCCCAGAAGUGUGAUGAGGCUCUGGCUACAUCGCUCCCCCACAGCGCCUUCAGCAGCUCCUCAGUGUUCACCAGUGGCUACGCUGCAGGAUACGCCAAGCUCAACCAGAGAGGAGGUGCGGGUGGCUGGUCUCCGCUGGACAGCGACCACUACCAGUGGCUGCAGGUGGAUCUGGGCAGCAGGAGACAGGUGAGCGCGGUGGCCACGCAGGGCAGGUACAGCAGCUCCGACUGGACCACCCGAUACCGGCUCCUCUACAGCGACACGGGACGCAACUGGAAACCCUACCACCAGGAUGGCAACAUAUGGGCGUUUACAGGGAACUCCAACACAGAGAGUGUAGUGCGGCACGACCUUCAGCACAUCCUUGUGGCCCGCUACCUCCGCUUCCUGCCUCUGGAUUGGAGCAUAGAGGGACGCAUUGGCCUGCGCAUCGAGAUCUAUGGCUGUGCCUACUGGUCGGAUGUGAUUAACUUUGACGGCCAGGGAGUGAUCUCCUACCGCUUCAAGAUGAAGAAGAUGAAGAUCCUGAAGGACGUCAUCUCGCUCAAGUUCAAGACGUCGGAGAGCGAGGGCGUCAUCCUGCACGGAGAGGGCCAGCAGGGAGACUACAUCACACUGGAACUGAGGCAGGCCAAACUACUGCUGCAGAUAAACCUGGGCAGCAAUCAGCACGGCUCGAUCCUCGGCCACACGUCAGUUACCAGCGGCAGUCUCCUUGACGACCACCACUGGCACUCGGUGGUUAUCGAGCGCUACAGACGCAACGUCAACUUCACACUGGACCAGCACACACAACACUUCAGGACCAACGGGGAGUUCGACCACCUGGACCUGGACUACGAGCUGAGUUUUGGAGGCAUGCCAUAUUCUGGCAAGCCUGUCAGCGGUGGCAGGAAGAACUUCAAAGGCUGUAUGGAGAGUAUCAACUACAACGGUGAAAACAUCACUGACCUGGCCAGGCGGAAGAAGCUGGAUGUAUCGAGCUUUCGUAACCUGAGUUUCUCCUGCGUGGAGUCACACACCUUUCCCGUGUUCUUCAACGCCACAAGCUUCCUGCAGUUGCCAGGGCGACGGGAGCACAACAUGGUGUCGGUGGGGUUCCAGUUCCGCACGUGGAACCCUAACGGUCUGCUGCUCUUCAGCCCGCUGGCUGACGGAAUGCUGGAGCUGGUGCUGACAGAGGGCAAGGUGGCCGUCCACAUCAACGUCACACAGGAGAAGAACACCAGGAUAGACAUCUCCUCAGGUUCUGCACUGAAUGAUGGCGAGUGGCAUGACGUCCGGUUUCUGGCCAAGGAGAACUCUGUCAUGCUGACCAUCGAUGGUGACGAGUUCUCAGCAGUGCGCACCACAACCCCUAUUCAGAUCACCACGGGAGGAUCCUACCACUUUGGAGGCUACUUCCAGCACAGCAGUGUGUCUCCGUCCCAGCGAGCGUUCCAGGGCUGCAUGCAGCUGAUCCACGUGGAUGACCAGCUAGCAGACCUCCAUGCUGUAGAGCAGGGCAGGAUGGGAGCCUUCGAGAACGUCAGUCUGGACAUGUGUGCCAUCAUAGACAGGUGUAUGCCUAACCACUGUGAGCAUGGGGGCCGGUGUACACAGACCUGGGAUAGCUUCAGCUGUUCAUGUGAUGGGACUGGAUACACUGGAGCCACAUGUCACACCUCGGUGUAUGAGCGCUCCUGCGAGGCCUAUAAACACCUCGGCAAGAUGUCAGAGGCCUACUGGAUCGACCCGGACGGCAGUGGACCGCUUGGCCCGUUCAAGGUCAUCUGCAAUAUGACAGAGGACAUGGUGUGGACCACGGUGCCAAACAACCUGCCAGCCCAGACGUUGGUGACGGGUUCGAGUCGUGAGUGGCGUACGGUGCUGCAGCUGAACUACAGCGCCUCUAUGGAGCAGGUGGCAGCCGUCAUCGGAGCCUCCGAGUACUGCCAACAACACCUGGCCUACGCAUGCCGCUCCUCACGACUACUCAACACACCUGAUGGCGUGCCGUACACGUGGUGGGUUGGCCGGGGCAAUGAGAAGCAUUUCUACUGGGGAGGAAGCAGUCAGGGCAUCCAGAAGUGUGCCUGUGGCAUAGAGCGCAACUGCACAGACCCCAAAUACUACUGCAACUGUGACGCCGACCAGAAACAAUGGAGAGAGGACUCAGGACUGCUGGUCUAUAAAGAGCACUUACCUGUCAACCAGGUUGCCGUGGGAGACACCAAUCGAGCGGGUUCCGAGGCCAAGGUGACGGUCGGGCCUCUGCGUUGCCAUGGAGACCGUAAUUACUGGAACGCUGCCUCCUUCAGCACGCCCUCGUCCUACCUGCACUUCUCCACCUUCCAGGGGGAGACGAGUGCUGACAUCUCCUUCUACUUCAAGACCUCCGCCCCCCACGGAGUCUUCCUCGAGAACCUCGGCAACUCAGACUUCAUACGCCUGGAACUGAAGUCUUCUACAGUAGUCUCCUUCUCCUUUGAUGUGGGUAACGGGCCGGUGGAGCUGAGUGUGGAGUCCCCAACUCUGCUCAACGAUGACCAGUGGCACCAGGUAUCAGCUGAGAGGAACGUGAAGGAGGCCGUGCUGCAACUGGACCAGCUGUACAGGGAGGUCAGAGCAGCCCCAGCACAGGGACACACACGCCUGGAGCUCUACAGCCAACUCUAUGUGGGUGCAGCUAGUGGCCAGAGAGGGUUCCUGGGCUGCAUCCGUGCCCUGCAGAUGAACGGCAUGACCCUUGACCUUGAGGAAAGAGCCAAGGUCACCCCAGGGGUCGAGGCCGGAUGCUCAGGUCACUGCACCAGCUAUGGGAUGUACUGCCAAAACGGGGGCAAGUGUGUGGAAAAGGACAAUGGAUACACAUGUGAUUGCGCCGAUACUGCCUAUGAUGGGCCCUUUUGCACCAAAGAGAGCGGUAGCUUCUUUGAAGCCAGCAACCUGUUCAAGUACUUCUUCACCUCCGAAGCUGCUCCCGCUACAGUUGCCUCCUCUUCCUCUUCCUCCCCUUCAUCGUCGUUGUCCUCCUCCUCCUCCUCUUCCUCCUCCUCCUCUUCCUCUGCCUUCUCCUAUUUGGCCCCCAGCUUCCUGGUCUAUGUCAGCUCACAAACCUCCUUCCUGCUUGCUGGUUGGUCUUGGUGACAUGCUGAGCUACUGAAUCAAAUCUGCAAAAUCUAAUCCUUUUUAUACUGACACAUACGUACUACAACCCAGAUCUAAGAGAACUGUGAGUUGUGUCAUGUGGAAUCACACGUGGAAGUCAAUCUCAUCAUGUUUGGGAUUGUGUUAAUUAGAUCGGGUAAUGUGUCUGUGUAAAAAAUGAUGGUGUGUAUCUAUAGUUUCAUAGCUACACCGAAUAAUACUACAUAUCCUCCCUACUCUUUCUGACGGUUGCAUUCUCAAAUGCAAACACACACAUGGAGACAUACAUACACCUGUUGACAAAGCAGUUAGGAUGCCUUUUCAUUCAUAAAGCAUUUCUACGUUUACCACAGCUACCACAAGAAAAAACACACACACUUGAUACAGGGUGGGAACAUGAUUGGCACAAGGGUGAAGUGUUUGGGGGACUAUUGUUGUAUGUUUAUGGGUAUUGUAAAUGCUGUGUGUGUCAUUUGUAUUAUUUCUGAAGAGCGUAUUGGUGCAUAUUUUUGUAGUAUAAUUUUCUCAUUUGAUAAUUACUUCUAGUCUGCUGUCUCCAUCUGAUUCUUCACUCUCCAAAAUGUUUCAUUGGUCAGGACUUUGGUCAAUGAAAUGUUGAGGUGUACCAAUGCUUGCUGUGAGGUUGCAACAAAGUUAGUGCUCAGAGCUGUGUACUGUAUUUUGUAUUGAAUAUUUUUGGGUAAUUUUCAG